AUGGCCGCGCACAGCCACAAGCCUGGGAUGGGCUCUGGCGAACAUGCCCAAAAUGCUUCUGAGAACCAGAGCCCAUCAGGGGCCAUCACUAUUUACCCUCAAGGGGCACAUUUUUUCUCCUACAUGCUUCUGAUCUCCAGCUUCUUAGAAAUCCUUUUAGAAGUUAUUGCAAAGGAAAUACGGAGGAGAUCAUCAUUUUUCCUCCUUCAAGAAUUGCCACUUUUGCUCUUGGAUGACUGCCAAGCAGCCGUGAUCCUCAAAAACAGGACUCUGGGGCACGUUAUCAAACAUUGUUGGAGAAUAGCUCCUUCAGACUGGGCAUCUGAGCUAGAGGCCAAGCCCCACAGCCCACCUCUAACCUUCUCCCUUUUCUUUCUCCCCCAGAGGUGGAAGUGCGACCAGGAGGCCAAGACCCCCGCCGGUACCUGGGGCGGCCUCUCCCCACGCAAGGAGGAUGAAGAUCUCAACAACGUGCUGGAUUUUAUCCUUUCCAUGGGCAGUGACGGCUACGGCCAGGGCACAGCCAGUGGGGACUAUCCCCCUGCCCAAGGGGAGAGCGGUGGCUUUUACCAGACAAACCCGUCCCCGGGAUGCUACAGUGCCCUGGAGCAGGGCAGCCCCCCGCCCUACAACGCCGGCAUCGUGCCGGAGAUGAUCCGCACCGAGAUGGACUCCAACUACUGCCCUCCCGGCAAUGUCCACGGGCGGUUCUUCGUGACACCCAACUUCGGGGGCCCGCAGUUCGUCGAGAACAUUAAGCCCGAGCCCGACAUGGACAAUUAUGGACCGGUCCUGGGUCUGGUGCCCCAGGCUUGCCCCAAGAUCAAGCAGGAGGGCAAUGCAACCUGCAUGAUGGCCUAUGAGCAGCCUCGGGUGGCCAGCUCCCCCCAGAUCCCUGGGGCAGAGACGCCCCCGCUAAGUCCCGACGAUCUCAUGGUGAAUGACUGCCACACGCAGAUGAUGUGCCCCUCGUCUGUGUCCUUCCAGCAAAGCUACCACCCAGCCUCCGGCUUCCACCACCCGCAGACCCACCUCCAGUACCAGAACACCUCCCAGUUUGGUCUUUUCGAGGACAGCCUGCCCUUACAACCCUCCGCUCCCAGAGGCAUGCUCACCCCUCCGUCCUCCCCUCUGGAGCUGCUGGACUCCAAACCAAAAAGAGGACGUCGGUCCUGGCCGCGGAAGAGGACAGCCACUCACACAUGCACCUACGCGGGGUGUGGGAAGACCUACACCAAGAGUUCGCACCUGAAGGCCCACCUCAGGACACACACAGGUGAAAAGCCCUACCACUGCAACUGGGAAGGCUGCGGCUGGAAGUUUGCCCGCUCCGACGAGCUCACCCGUCACUAUCGCAAGCACACCGGCCACCGGCCCUUCCAGUGCCACCUCUGCGACAGGGCGUUCUCCAGGUCGGACCACCUGGCUUUGCACAUGAAACGGCACAUGUAGCCCGAGAGACUCUGACCUGCCAACAGCGGACGUUAAUUUAACUGCUCAGGUGCAGAAGCGUUAAAAACUUGUAGCUGGUACUACGUAGGGAGGCACCGGUGCUC